AGAUAAAUAAACACAUCAGUAGAAGAGUUGGCAACGUUCCAUUCAUACUUAGGAGCACUCGGCAACGCCGCUCCUUCUUCCUUCUCCAUGUGUUAACUGUGUUGGUUGAACGCUGACGAUCGAGGACGUCCUAAUAGUUCAGCAUGUCUGAUGUGGAAGGAGACGUUAGCGUUCCGGUGGCUGGUGGCCCCAUGGACCUGAACACCGCGGUCCAGGAGGUGCUCAAGCAGGCCCUCAUGGCGGGAGGCUUGGCUCGUGGACUUCAUGAAGCUGUGAAGGCUUUGGACAAGCGCCAAGCAUUUUUGUGUAUCCUGGCUAACAAUUGUGAUGAGCCUGGGUACUCCAAGCUGGUGGAAGCUCUCUGCCAAGAGCACCAGAUCAAGCUUCUCAAGGUUGACUCCAACAAGAAGCUUGGUGAAUGGGCCGGCCUUUGCAAGAUUGACCGUGAGGGAAAGGCUCGCAAGGUUGUGGGCUGCUCCUGUGUAGUCGUCACUGAUUAUGGCAAGGAGACCCAGGCACAUGAUGUUGUGAAUGACUACUUCAAGAGCAAGGGGCAAUGAAGAAAUACUUCGGUUGUUUCAGGUGUUCAUCUCAUCACCAGCUACCAAAACCUGCCGUGAGGACCUGCUGCACCUGAGGAGGGCUCCAUGCCUCAUUAAAAGAAAAAAAUACAAAAAAAAGUGUAAAAA